UUUUUUAACUUCUCAAAAACUUUUUUUUUCUCAUCACAUUUUUUUCAACGAUUUUUUUUUGUUUCAAAUUUUAUCAGAUUCAAAAUGGUUGUCAGUUCUGUUCAUAUUGUUUCCGAUUCGAUUGCUGGUCCACAAAUGAUUGAUAUAUUUCAAACAAAUUUAGAAACAUUAGGUGCAAAAAAAUCGGGUAAUUUUUUAAUCGAAUGUGAUACAUAUCAUUCGAAUCCGGCACGUAUUGAAGUACGUGGUCAAAAAUGGUUGCUUGGUGAUUUUGUUUGUAAAUUAGGUUCAUGUACAAUGGGCGGCAGUUUUAAAGCAAUUGUUACCGAAAUUGAAUAUGGUCCUUGUUCAGUACCGAAUGCAUGUUGGGAUUUAAUUAAAGAAUUAGGAAGAUCAUUUAUUGGUCCAUCCAUUAAUAAACCUAAUCAACAUUUAUUAGCACGUAUGAAUGAACUGUAUAGUCCAGUUGAUACAAUUCAUCAAUAUAAUGAUAUAUUUAAUCAGAUAAAAAAACAAACACCUCAAGGAAAUAUUACAAUGUAAUAGCACAAAUACAAAUGUAUUCCCCCCAUUCAUUCAUUUUUGUAAAAUAA